GACGGUGGAGCGCACAGUUCGGCAGUCGCCAUUGCGAGUCUCCCUCGUGUCUCGCGCAUCGCGACCAAGUCUGUAAUAUCCGCGUGGAGCCUGGACUCUAUUUUUUCGUUUAACCUAAUAGAAUACAUCCCCCCGUCGUGGGCCCUCAUGCGCGAUACCCCGAUGCAGAGAUAUUGCAGCGAGCUCACCGAAAAAUUGUUGAAAUCCCUUGACAAGGAAUACAAUGUCAUCGAUAUGCGAGCUGUUGUCGAUGUCAUUUCGGCAUUGGAAAAGACAACAGUUACUAAAGAAGUGCUGGAGGUUACGAGACUUGGAAAACACAUCAACGAACUUCGUCGAAAGACGAGUAAUGAAGCCUUGGCCAAGCGUGCGAAAGAUUUGGUACGCCGCUGGCGAGACAUGGUUUUACCAACGGUACACUCUACGCCUACUUUGGCUGACACGGCACCACCGGCUUUCAAUGGUGCGAAGGAAGUGGCUCCGAGAAAUUUUAAACCACAAAGUCCUGCAUUACGAGUUUUUAAACCUCACAGUCCUUUAUUGAAAGAUACUCCCCUUAGAGUGCUUAGUCCGGCGCUAUCCGUGCACAGCGAUCAUUCACGCUCUCCAAAUGCGUCUUCAAACAACAAGCAGUCAAUUACACCGACCAGCAAUCACAGGAUAAGUUCCUGCUCGAGAAACGCCUCUCCAGUGCUUAGUUCCUCGAGUCAGAAUCACACAAUGGAAGCAGUGCCCCGUACACACAGUUCCAAUAAACGACUACGGAAAGAAGAGAAUAGCAAGGACCAAUGUCAAUACUAUCAAUCGCCACGUGGAACCGAGUCGAUGGUAGAGGAAGUCAAGAAACAGCGGCUCAACGGCGAGAAUAUAAGUGGUAAUUUAAAUUCGCAAGUGCCUAGCCCUACACUGAAGGAACGAAUCUCUUCUGAUCGUUUCGCGGAAACUUCUCUCGAAGCCACGAAUGAGGAUUCGGGUCCAAAGAAACGUGGCCGAAAAAAGGGUAGUAAGUUCGCGAAGCGACAAUCGUUUCUAGAGGACAGUGUGAAAGAGAAGUUGGCCAGUAUCUCGAGGAAUCCGAAGCUCAAGACCACCCAGGAGUUGUUAGCUGAUUUGCAGGCGCGUGGAAGCAAUUGUAGCUCCGCAAUUGGCAGCAUCAAUGCCCUACCUAGUCAAAGCAUCGCGGAACCGCCCAGCAUGGAAGAUGUUUUACGAGGCAGCAACAGCGAGCAAAUGUCCAAGUAUCUGCGUUGCUCAAGCCAGAAGAAUUCCCAGAAUCUCCUUAGGAGCAAUCUGGCCUCCUUGGAGAUGUCGUCGUCGUCGUCUACUGGCAGGACACAAAAAUUUUCGGCUCGGUUGAGAUCUGCCGAGAAUUGUCGCGAGCCCUCGCCUGAAUCAUGCCAGGACAGGCUACGCGAAGACGAUAGGUUAUCGGAAAGCACUGAGACAUCAACGUGUCGAUCACCGUUGCAACGGGACCUUACAGUCGAAGAGAUAUUGGCCAAGUUACCGCCCUUAGAUCCCAACACGAUAGACUGGGGUGAGCACGAGGAGCGGAACGAUUCCGAAUAUUGUCCGCCACCGCGGGAUGUUACCGCAGAAGAUCUUGAGAGGUUGCACACACAGUACAUCGAAGGACUUAACGGAAACUUCCAACCGAAUUUAUUGACAGCGAUCGCGUGUUCCGAUGGUGAUGAGCGCUCGAACGCCAGAGACGGAGGAAAGCAAGUGUCGUCCGGAUUAUUGAACGUGAAUAGUGUAAAAAGUGUGUAUAACAGCCAAACAGACAAUGUGGAAUUUCGGGAGUGGCAUCAGAUGCUAGCAAAGCCCAGUUACCAGGGCGAAAUCCUCAACAUAUUGCCUUAUGUUAUUAUCGAUUAGUGAUUUUAUCAAUUUAUUCUAUUAUUAUCCUCUCUCUUCUUCCCUUUCCUUUUCCCUGCUCCCUCGAGAAAAGAAUUGUGAGAAAAAUUUGCAAAUAAUUAAAAAACAAUCGAUUGAUCUAUUAAAAUUAACGAUUUCUAUUGCGAUUUUUGAUUAUAUUCUUCAUUUCUAUUUACGCCGACGCAUUAUACCGCCAUCCUUCUUUAUCAUUAUUUCAUUCCUGUUAAUAUAUGUAAUCAUUAUCUCGCUAAUCAUAUAACUGUGCAACCGCGUGGUGAAUAAAGAAAGAAAGAAAGAGA